CACAGCAGGAAGUCCUAUGGACCACCCCGCAGACAUAUGUGCAAGCCCUACUCCGCCAAGCUUGAGGCCAUCGAAAACUACAAAAACAAGAUCAUCUCCGCCGAGUACCUAGACACCAUUUCCGCCCACUACAAGUCGCUCGAGUCCGAGUCCGCCGUCAACCCGGCCAUGAUCGACCUCCAGCCAGAGGUCAAGUGGUUCAUGAGACCCUAUCUCGUCAACUUCAUAGUCCAGAUGCAUUCCUCCCUCAAGCUCAAGCCCCAGACCCUCUUUCUCUGCUGGAACAUCAUAGACAGGUACUGCGCAAGAAGAAUAGCCUUCAAGCAGCACUACCAGUUGAUCGGCUGCACGGCUCUCUGGAUUGCGUCCAAGUACGAGGACAAGAAGUCCAGAGUUCCCACCGUCAAGGAGCUCAACACCAUGUGUUCCAAUGUCUACGAUGACUCCAUGUUCAGGGAAAUGGAGAUCCACAUCCUCAGCACCCUCAAUUGGUCAAUCGGUCACACAACCCUGGAAGACAUUUUGCAGCUGGCUGUCAAAUUCUCAGACCCAGAUGGUAAAGAGCUUCUCGACAAGCCAAUCGACUUGUACAAAGGAAAUACCCCAACCGUCUCUGCCAUCCUCGCCGUUUCAAGAUACCUGUGCGAGCUGACUCUUUACGACAGAGUCUACCUCACCUUCCCAACAUCCACAAUCGGCAUUUCAUGCUUCCUCAUGGCCUGCUCCAUCCUCAACAUGGACGUCGGCUCAACCUACAUCAGAGAAACCGACGAUGACGCUGCUUACGAUUCCGACGCAGAAAACACCGAGCCUAAAGUUCAUGAGCAAGGUCCAUUCAUCUCAGGCUUCAACGGCAUGGACUCCAUCACACAAGUGAGAGAAAUCGCUUUGCACCUCUUCAGAUCCAUGUUGGAUCCAUCCGAAGUACUGAUCGAUAAAUACUCCUCCUUGGGAGUCAUGACUGUCGUAAAACGCUUC